AUGUUAUCACAAAGGCUUAUAACCAAUGGUAAAUCCAUAGCUCAACCUGUACGUUAUCUAGGGACUACAUCACGCAAAUUAGCAGACUCAAUCUCAUCAUCAUCUACUGAUUCAGAAUCCCCUAAUACAACCGAUUUUGAUCAAUUUAAAAGUAAACAAUCAUGGAGAGAAUCGUACGCACCGGGAUCAUCAGCACAGGCAGAUUUAACCGAAAAUUUAUCCAAAAUCACUCAAAAUAUUGCCAGUGGAGAACCACCAAUACAUAUAGCUCAAUCAUUACAAAGGAAAUUUAGAGUAGGUACUACAUACAAUCCAUUCGAUUUCAGUAUGAAUAGAUUAAGAAUGGAAAGAAAACAAAAUCAGCUCCAGCAACGUAUUAUGGAAGAUCCAUUUGAGCGUAGUGGUAUUGAUCCAAGAAAUUUAUAUUUAAUGCCUGAAGUAUUAUCACAAUUUCUCACUUCAACAGGACAAAUUUUACCAAGACAAACUACGGGAUGUAGUGCUGCUAAUCAAAAGAAAUUGACUGCUGCUAUAAAGACCGCCAGGAAUUUGGGAUUAUUGUCAACUGUACAUAAACAUUAUCGUUUCUUACCCACGAGAAAUUUAUAG